AUGCCUGCAGCCAGGCAUAGCGGCUGGUCACUGCAGCCCAUGGUCCAGCACACUCAGGACUCAGACCCACUCCAGAAGACACAGGGCUCAUCUGUAACUUGAGAGAUGGUAAACGAAUACAAGAAAAUUGUCCUGCUGGUGGGGCUAGAGGCCAUUAAGGAUUAUGAAUUUAGAUUGAUUAAGUCCUUAUUGGCCAAAGACUUAAAACUGACUAAAAAUAUGCAAGAUGAUUAUGACAGAAUUAGGAUUGCUGACUUGAUGGAAGAGAAGUUCCAAAGGGAUGCUGGGCUGGGAAAACUGAUAACACUCUGCAAAGACAUUCCAGCACUUGCAGACCUCGCGGAAACUCUUAAAACUCGGAGGUUGAAAGUUAAAAGCAAAUCCAAAAGGGGAAGAAAAUCCACAGGGAAAAAAAAAUCUACAGGGAAAAAAGUGGAGCAGGAUGAAUCUCCUACUGCCCAGUCCAGGUCCACAACAAAUACAGAUUCGGAACCAGAGUCAGAGGAGGAGAUACCUUCGUUGAAGGUAGGACUGCUGAGCCCCCACUGAAAAAGCGUCCACUCCUGAUCUUCCACUUCUUGCCUUUUAAUCUACCCUCCAGUCUCUGUAUAGAUCAAGAACGUAGUGAAAAACGAGCUUCUGAGCCUGCAAACUCAUACCUGUUGGUCUCCCGUUUUCUUUCAGUACUGCUGUGCACUUGAACUUAGGUAAUAUGACCCCCUAGGGCAGAAACAGAAAAUCAUCACACUUUUGUAAGAUAUGCACUAAAAUAGCAAUCAGUUUGGGACAAUGGCUUGCUAAAGCCUAU